UACGUCAAGCUCCUCUGUUUUGCCGGCGAAUCAGCUCUGACUAGUGAUCAUGUUCUCCGAUGUCUCUUCUUCGCUGGUCCGCCUAAACAUCGGAGGAAAGAAGUUUUGCACGACGGUUGAUACACUGACCCAGCGGGAGCCUGAAUCGAUGCUUGCGGCAAUGUUCAGUGGUCGCCACACUAUCUGCCAGGAUUCUGAGAAGGGGUAUGUGUUUCUGGAUAGAGAUGGGAAACAUUUUCGGCAUAUUUUAAAUUGGUUGAGGGAUGGUGUUGUUCCAACACUAAAUGAUUCGGAGUAUUUAGAUCUUUUGCGGGAGGCAGAAUACUAUCAGCUUCUCGGACUAAUUGAUGGAAUUAAAUCUGUUUUGAAUGAGAGGAAGGAGAAUGAGGAGUUGGAUACUGAAUUGACACGUAUUGAUAUCAUCAAAUGUAUACAGUCUGAGAGAGUCAGAUUUCGAGGAUUGAAUCUGUCUGGGCUUGAUCUUUCCAAACUGGACCUGUCUUUUGUGGACUUCAGUUAUGCAUGCCUUAAAAAUGUAUUCUUCUCACGUGCAAACCUUCAGUGUGCAAAAUUCCGGGAUGUGGAUGCCGAGGCUUCCAUUUUUCAUAAUGCAACCUUGCGCGAAUGUGAAUUCACAGGGGCAAAUCUUCGUGGGGCUUUGUUAGCUGGAGCUAAUCUUCAAAGUGCAAACUUGCAAGAUGCUUGCUUGGUAGAUUGUAGCUUUUGUGGAGCAGAUCUGCGCUCGGCACAUCUACAGACUGCUGAUCUCACUAAUGCCAACUUGGAAGGAGCUAAUCUUGAAGGAGCCAAUUUAAAGGGUGUAAAAUUAGCUAAUGCCAACUUGAAGGGUGCAAACCUUCAACGAGCAUAUUUACGACAUGUGAAUCUUCGUGAUACUCAUUUGGAAGGUGCAAAGCUUGAUGGUGCAAAUUUGCUUGGAGCAAUCAGAUAACGACUGAGAGAUGCUAUAUGGGUUUGAUGUGAAUUAAUAUUAUUCAUGUUCUCUAUUCUAUGCAUAACCUUCCUCCCCAUCCAACUUAUUUCUCUCAUCCCUUCUAUUUGCCUAGUCAUUCUCCAGUUUAACUCCGAUAAUCUGUAAAUACUGUGCGGAGUACUGUACAGAUGACAGUGACACUUGAACACGAAGAGUUUUAAUUGUGGCGUCUAGAUAACAGUUGGUUUAUAAGCUAUUUGAUAUGCUAAUAAUAUUUGGUUGUUCUGAUGGGCAGUCGGUUUGACUAUUUAAUCCCCAUUUGGAUAUGGUGUCACUGUACAGCUUGCUAAGAGUGAGAAGUGUGUUUUCUUUCUUCUUAGUUAUGGAGAGUGGUUAGGUCAUCCUUGGCUACUUGGAAGUAGGCCUGCCAAGGGAUUGAAUUUGGGU